CCUUGAGUCACCGGGGGCAGAAUCGAAAGUGAUCGCAGGCGCGGGGCGGGAGCCGGGGCGCCGGCGGCGGGGGCUCGGGGCGCGGACUUCUCACAUGGCUGAACGGCCCCAGAGGACCAGCUGAACCGGGAGCCUGGGAUGCCGCUCCGCAGAGCCAGGCCAGAGAUGGUGUCCCGAGGGUCCAGCUCAUCGCCCAGCAGCCCCAUGGCCACCAAGGAGCUACCUCUGGCCAGACUGUGUGCCCAGCUGGACCUGCGACUAGGCUGCUCCCGCUGUACUCAGCGCCUCAAUGAGAGCACCUACCUACUGCGCCAGGUAGAGCACAGCUGUCCCCAAGCCAUCCUGCUGGCCCGCUUCAAAGGAGCCACCAAGAGCAGGGUCUGGCGCAAGGUGGACCGCCGGCCCAGCUUCCCACGGCCUGCCCGCUAUGAGGUCUGCUGGUACUACAGCCCGGGGCUCGGCUGCCAGCGCCACCGCAACCAGUGCACCUUUGCCCGAAGCCGGGAGGAGGCCCUGGUCUGGACCUUCGAGCGUGAGCACAACGUCAGGCGCAUGUGGCUGAAGUCCGAGCUGCAGGGCGGUGGGGCCCAGGGCGAGCUGCGCGGCCCAGCCGAGGCCAUCCGUGCCGAGUACGGCGGCCACUUCCAGCUGCUGUGCUCCCACUGCUUCCGCUGCUGUCCUCCCCGCGUCUGCCCGGUGGACGCCCAGGGCCGCUGCCCCGAGCAUGGAGCCUGCCCCUCGCUCCUGACCCACGUGAGCACCGAGGGCCGCCGCAAGCAGCAGGUUGUGGAAGUGCGGCCGCAGCCCCAGUACGGCCAGCCACUGGCCUACUGCAUGUUCGUGGGGCGCGGGCGGCCCUGCCGGCACGGGGCAUCCCGCUGCCAGUACGCGCACAGCGCGGUGGAGAUGGCCGUGUGGGAGGCUGAGCAGCUGGACGGCCUCAAGCGGUGCGACCUGCUCUCGCCCGCUGCCCCCAGCGGGGAGGAGCGCACAGCCCCCCGUGGCCAGGCCCCCAGGGUCAAGCUGUACUGCCGUGCCUGCCUGGUCACCUGCCACUCCCAGGAGGCCUUUGAGAACCACUGCUCGUCCCUGGAGCACGCACAGAUGGUGGUCUUGGACCAGGCCGAGUGCUGGGAGCACCGCAGCCCACCCACGGGGCUCUCCACCUUUGAGCUCUGCCCAAAUCCCAGCCUCUGUGAGUAUGGGGACAUCUGCACCAAGGCGCAUUCAGAGCAGGAGCUGCAAGAGUGGACCCGACGGGUGCAGGCCGUGAAGCUGCGGGAGCGGGCCGCCUGGCAGGAGGGGCUGGCGUCUUACCAGACGCGGCUGCUGGCUGAGUACCAGCGGAGUAGCAGUGAGGUUCUGGUGCUGGCUGAGACCGUCGAAGGCGUGUCCAUCACAUGCAAGCAGCCCCUGGUGCAUGAGGCCCAUGAGAAGAAGACUCAGCACAGCUGGAUAUUUGACGUCAACUCGAAGGAGCCCCUGCUCCACGUGGCCCUGCUGAAGCAGGAGCUGGGCGCAGACUUCUGGCUGGCGGCCCCUGGCCUCCCGUCGGGCCAGCUCUAUGCGAAGGGCGAGCGCUUCCAGGCGCGGGCCUCGCCAGCCACGUUCCAGGUGGAGGUGCGCGUGCGGACUGCCUCCUUCGGCUGCUUCGAGCAAUGGCUGGUCUUGGACUUCGGCCGCAGGCCAGUGCUGCUGCGGAAGCUGAGGCUGCAGGCGGGCCAGGUGCCCUGCCCGGGGCUGCGGGGGAUGCCGGGGGACAGCUGCCCCAAGGAGCUGGAGCGCUGGCACACCGGCAACCGCCACGUGGUGCCUGGUGUGGUGCGGACGGCCGAGCAGGAGGCCCUGGUGGCGAUGUACAAGGUGCCCGCCCUGGCCCUGGACUUCAGUCCCGGCGGCCUGGCCUCCGGCCCCAUCUCCUGCACCAACUACCGGCAGAGGAUGCAUCAGUUUCUCUACGAGGAGGAAGCCGUGCAGCAGCAGCUGGUGGCCAAGCUGAAUUUCCGGGGCGCCGUGGCCCUGAGAACGUCACUGCAGACGCCGGCCCUGGGCAUGCUCUUCCCGCCGUCAGGAGCCCUGUACGCCGAGGUCCCCAGUCCCUCGUCUCUCUUGCCAGACACGGACCAGGGCUUCCUGCUGGGCCGGGCGGUCAGCACAGCGCUGGUGGCCCCCGUCCCUGCGCCUGACCACACCGUGUACGAGGUGCGGCUGGAGACCCGGGCCAGCUCCGAGCAGGCACUGUGGCUGCUGCUGCCCAACCACUGCUGCUCGGCCCUGGGGCUGCAGCCCGAAACCAGCCCCACCUUGGAGGUGCAGUUCCAGGUCGACCCGCUGACCUUCCGCUUCUGGCACCAGGCGGUGGACGCGCUGCCUGAGGAGCGCCUGGUGGUGCCUGACCUGCCGACUUGCGACCUGCCCCGCCCUCUGCCCAUCCCGCCCGCAAUGCACGGCAACCGCAAGCAGAAGCUGGCAGUGGCCUUCAUUGCGGGCAGCAGCCCCGGGGGCGGGCGGCCCAUUGCCCCGCUGCUCAUCUAUGGCCCUUUUGGCACAGGCAAGACCUACACGCUGGCUAUGGCCUCCCUGGAGGUCAUCCGGCAGCCGUACACCAAGGUGCUCAUCUGCACACACACCAACAGUGCGGCCGACAUCUACAUCGAGGAGCACUUCCAUGGCUACGUCAGCAGCGGCCACCCCGAGGCCGCCCCGCUCCGGGUGAUGUACACGGACCGCCCGCCCAGCCAGACGGACGCCACGGUGCUGCAGUACUGCUGCCUGACGCAGGACCGCCGGGCCUUCCGCGCGCCGACGCGGGCCGAGCUGGAGCAGCACCGCAUCGUGGUCACCACCACGUCGCAGGCCCGCGAGCUCAGGGUGCCCGCCGGCUUCUUCUCACACGUCCUCAUCGACGAGGCCGCGCAGAUGCUGGAGUGCGAGGCGCUCACCCCGCUGCGCUACGCCGCGCCCGGCACCCGCGUGGUGCUGGCGGGGGACCACAUGCAGGUCACGCCCCGGCUCUUCAGCGUGCCCAGGGCCCAGGCGGCGGGGCACACGCUGCUGUACCGCCUGUUCCAGCACUACCAGCGGGAGGCGCACGAGGUGGCCCAGCGGAGCCGCCUCAUCUUCCACCAGAACUACCGCUCCACGGAGGCCAUCCUCAGCUUCGUCUCGCGCCACUUCUACGUGGCCAAGGGCAGCCCCAUCCACGCCAGCGGCCGCGUGCCCCCGCACCCCAGGCUGCACCCGCUCAUGUUCUGUCACGUGGCGGGCAACCCCGAGCGCGACCUGUCCAGCACGUCCUGGCUGAACGCGGCGGAGGUGGCCCAGGUCGUGGAGCAGGUGCGGGACCUCCACGACGGCUGGCCCUCCUGCUGGGGCGCCCAGGAGCAGAGGCACAUCUGUGUCGUGUCGCACGGCGCCCAGGUGACUGCACUGAGGCAGGAGCUGAGGAGGAGGAACCUGGGACAGGUGUCCGUGGGCAGCUUUGAGAUCUUGCCAGGCCGGGAGUUCCGGGUGGUGGUGCUGAGCACCGUGCACAACCACCACAGCCUGCUGAGCUCAGGGACAGCCUCCCUCGGGUUCUUCACGGACGCCCGCGUGCUCAACACCAUCAUGACCCGCGCCCAGUCCCAGGUGGUGGUCGUGGGGAACGCUCUGGCCCUCUGCUCCUCCGGGGCCUGCAGCAAGCUCUGGAAGAGCUUCAUCCGCGAGUGUGUGAAGCAUCACAGCGUCUGCCCCGAGAGCCUGUCCCUGGAGCACAUCGAGCAGGGCGUGCUUCAGCAGCAGCGCUGGGCCCUCCAGGCGGGGAGGUCUGCGGCAGCGGCGGCCCUGGACGCUGUCCCAGAGGAAGGGGCAGCAGGGGAGCCGGCCCCGGAGCGUGUGGCCAUGGGGGCCACGGCUCGGGGGAGGACCUUCCCGUCUAAGACCUCAGCAGCAGGAGACAAGGCCACGCCGCGGGCAGAGGCAGGGGACGCGGCCUCAAGGUCCGUGGCCAGGGGCUGCUCCGUGGCGGGGGGCCCUGCCACGGUGCCCACGGAGGUGGAAGGCGCAACAUCGGCACCAUCGGGGACCUCGUCGCUGGGGGACGGGACCUCCAGGAAUGCGGUGGCAGGGCUGACGGCCACGGAGAACAGGGACCCCGAGGACCCUGAGGACACUGAGUCCGACUUCUGGCCUUCUGACACGGAGCUCAACGCAGACGACUCCAUCCUGCAGGAGCUUCUGGAUGAAGGCCGGAACGUGACGGUCACCGUCCGGGAAGAUGGGCUCCUGGACACCAUUGCCAGGCCCGAGUCCCCGCACCAGGCCCGGCAGUACACACACCUGCCACGGGCCACCCUGCAGAAACUACUCUGCUCGGAGCCCGAGCUGUACCGCCACUGUGCCUUCGUGCAGGAGACCUUCGAGCAGGCGACAGCCCUCCCGCUGGAUGACGUGGCUUCCAGCCCCAUCCAGAUCAGGGGCCGCCUGCACUGUGGGAUGGCUUUCAGCGGGGACGAGGUGCUCGUGAAGGUCCUGGGCCAGGACACGGGCUGCCCCGGGAGGCGGCAGGGCUGCGUGGUGGGCGUGCUCAAGAGGAAGCGCCGGGAGCUGGUGUUCGUGUGCCGCAUGGAUGAGUGGGACUCUCGCAUCAUGACCCCCGUCGAUGGCUCUGUGACAAAGAUCUUCGUGGCCGAGCUGAAGGACCCGCUGCAGGUGCCCAUCCACCGCGUCCAGCAGGGCCGCGUGCAGCGGGUGGGGUAUGAGCAGCUCACGGCCGAGGCCCGGGGCAGCCGGCUCUUCUGGGUGCGCAUCGUCCUGUGGCGGCAGCGCUUCUACUACCCGCUGGGCAUCGUCCUGGAGGUGCUGCCCGAGGCCACCACGUGGGAGCAGGGCCUCCGCAUCCUGGACCUGGAGCACGGCUUGAGGAAGCCCUCACCAGAGCCCGCAGCCCUCUGCAAGGUGCUGCAGAAGUACCGGGCGGAGCUUGGCCGGGCCCCCGACCACCGGGAGGACUGUCGCGGCUUCCCAACCUUCACCGUGGACCCCCAGGGCGCCCAGUACCUGGAUGAUGCCCUCAGCGUCCGCGAUCUGGGCCCCAGGUACCAAGUGGCUGUGCACAUUGCUGACGUGGCCAGCUCCCUCCCCAGGGACGGGGCCGUGGACCUGGAGGCGCGCAGGCAGGGCAUCACGUUCUAUGCCCCUGACCGGGAGCCGGUGCCCAUGCUGCCAGCCGGCCUCUGCCGUGACGCGCUCAGCCUCCUGCCCGGCCAGGACCGCUUGGCCAUCUCCCUCUUCCUCACCGUGGAGAAGGGCAGCAACCAGCUCAAAGGCCUGCACUUCGCGCCCUCUGUGAUCUGCUCCGACCGCCAGCUGUCCUACGAGGAAGCUGAGGCCAUGAUCCGGAGGCACCCGGGUGCUGGCCGCGAGCUGCCCGCCCAGCUGGACUCUGUGGACGCCUGUGUCGUGGCCGCGUGCCACUUCUCCCGGGUGCUGCGCCGGCUCCGCCUGCAGACCGACUCCCACUACGAGCAGCCCAGCGAGGACUGUGUGCUGGGCUUCCGUGCGGCCCACGUCAUGAUCAAGGAGUACAUGAUCCAGUUCAACAGCCUGGUGGCCGAGCUCCUGGUGAGCAGCGAGCCCACGCGGACCGUCACGCCGCUGCGGUGGCAGCCCACACCCAGUGAACGGCAGCUGGGGGCCCUGUGUGACAAGCACCGAGAGCUGGUGGCCCUGUCGCUGCACCUCCGCCACCACCUGCCCAGCCGCGGGUCUCCCGGCAGCCACAUCUACCUCCUGGCCUCCCUGUGGGAGCACGUCCAGCUCGCAGCACGCGCCGGGGACUGGAACCGCGUGGAGGACCUCAUCACCACGGACGACUUGCACCCUUCUCUGGCUCCCGUGGGCCUGGACCUCCGCAAGGCUCUGGGCCGCUCUGCGUUUGGCCGCUCCUGCCAAGGUGAGCGGCAGGCGGCUGGCCACUACUCGCUGCAGGUGGACUGGUACACGUGGGCGACCUCCCCCAUCCGCAGGUACCUGGACGUGGUGCUGCAGCGGCAGAUCCUGCAGGCGCUGGGCCGCGGCGGCCCCGCCUACUCCGCCCGCGACAUCGACGGGCUGUGCCAGGAAUUCAGCUACCAGCACGGGCGCGCCCAGAGCUACCAGCGCCAGGCCCGAAGCCUGCAUCUAGCGGCGCAGCUCAAGGUCCAGCCGCGGAGCAAGCUGGGCUUCGUGGUGGGCGUGGAGACCGGCUCCCGCUGCUUCAGGCUGCUCUUCCCCGCCGACCCCGAGGCCCUGCCGGACCUCUGCCCCGUGCACUACCGCUCCUUGCAACUGGCCGAGCACCCCGGCAACCUGGAGGGGCGGCCGGGCCUGCGGCUUGUGUGGCGGCGCCGCAUCUACUCCGUGUGGGCAGACGGGCCGCGCUCCCCGCUGCCGGGCGCCCUGCUCGACCCACACACUAGGCCCGUGGACGCCAGCCUAUGGCAGCAGCUGCUGGAGCUGGUGCAGGAGCAGCGGUGGCCGGAGCUGGCUGCCCUCGUGCGGGAGCAGGGCGCGGCGAAGCCCCAGCAGCGCAAGCUGGGCCGGGUGUGGCAGAGCCCCUGCGGCCACUUUGUGGAGGUGGCCCGGGAGCUGGGCGGGGGGGACACGCUGCAGGUGCAGCUCAGUGCCACCCUGCAGCGUGGCUUCCUGGCACCGAGUCUGCAGCUGUGCACGGUGGCACCCGGCUUCACCCUCUGCCUGGAGCACGUGGAGCGGCUGAGCAGCUGCUUCCUGGACCAGAUGCCCCAGGCCGUGCGAGACCGCUGUCCCGACGUGGCGGAGUACUCCCGCGUGUGGGGGCCGUUCUGCUCCUUGGAGUCGGCCACCAGCGCCGUCUUGGAGAGUGACUCCAUCACGCUGCAGCACGUGAGCAUAUCCUGGGAUGCGAAGCAGAUGCCGCAGCGGCGGCUCCGGGGCUCCUUCUGCCUGGAAUCCUCCUUCCUCAGCGAGCACUGCAUCGACCUCAGCUUUGGCCACUGCUACCUCUGCCUCCGGCUCGAGGGGCUGCUGGCCGUGCCCGCCGCAGAGAAGCUGCUCCCCCCUGCUGGCCCCGGCCAGCCUCCCCCGGCCACCCCGGCCUGCGGCCCCAGCGGCCCCGGCCCCUUCCUGAGCAUCGACCCCGACACGUACACAUGGGUGGCCCACGGGCUGACAGAAGAGUGGGACCCGAAGGAGGGCCGGGUCGACCGGCAGGAGACCCCCAAGCAGGUGCACUUCUUCAUCCAGCACAUGGCCAUGGAGAAGGUUCCAGAAGAGGUGCUGAGGCCCGGCGCCCGAUUCACCAUUGAGGUGCUGCCCAAGCAGCUUCCGGACAUUCGCAAGGAAGAAGCCGUGCGCGGGCUGAAGUGCGCAUCCCCGCUGGUCAUCAACAUUGCCCUGGGCCGGCCCAUCCCGCUGCCCCGCCAGCUUCUUUCCCAGCAGACCCGCGGCCGAGGUAGGUGGAGGUCCGGCCAGCCCCCGCCCCGCCGCCGAGUCCCUUCAUCUGGCCUGGGCCCUGCCCUGCACCCCUGCUCAGCCAGGCCUCACCCUCCCUUAGGGACAUACAGCAGGUUCCUGGAGAAGCAGGCGUUCGACCUCCCUGGCGGCCCCCACACGCUGAACCGCAGCCAGAACAGGGCUGUCAGGGCGGCUCUCAAGAAGCAGUUCACCGUGAUCCAGGGCCCUCCAGGGACCGGGAAGACGGUGGUGGCCUUCCACAUCGUGUUCUGGUUUCACAAGUCAAAUGAGGAGCAGACGGGGGCCUGUGACGCCCCCAGGGAGAAGCAGCUGGGGGGUCCCUGCAUCCUGUACUGUGGCCCCUCUAACAAGUCGGUGGACGUCCUGGCAGGGCUGCUCCUGAGCAGGAGAACGGAGCUGAAGCCGCUGCGAGUGUACAGUGAGCAGGCCGAGGCCACAGAAUUUCCGAUGCCGGGUGUGGGCAGCCGGGGCCUGCCCAAGAAGAGCCCCCGGGAGGGGAGGCCCAACCAGACCCUCAGGAGCAUCACCCUGCACCACAGGGUCCGGCAGUCCUCCAACCCCUACGCACCGGACAUCAGGGACUUUGAUGCCCGGCUGCAGAAAGGGGAGAUCCUUUCCAAGGAGGACCUCAGGUGGUACAAGACCGUCCUGGGGAAAGCACGGAAGUUCGAGCUGGACCAGCACAGGGUCAUCCUGUGCACGUGCUCCUGUGCGGCCUCAGCCAGCCUCAGGAAGCUGGACGUCCGGCAGAUCCUCAUCGAUGAAGCUGGCAUGGCCACGGAGCCGGAGACCCUCAUCCCUCUGGUGGCCUUCUCCAAGGCCGAGAAGGUGGUUCUUCUCGGGGACCACAAGCAGCUGCGGCCAGUGGUCAAGAACGAACAGCUGCAAAAUCUGGGGCUGGAUCGGUCUCUGUUCGAGAGGUACCACAUGGACGCGCACAUGCUGGACACGCAGUACCGCAUGCACGAGGGCAUCUGUGCCUUCCCCUCCAUGGAGUUCUACGAGAAGAAGCUGAAGACCUGGCAGGGCCUGAGGCGGCCGCCCAGCAUCCUCGGCCACGUUGGCAAGGAGAGCUGCUCUGUCAUCUUCGGCCAUGUGCAGGGCCAUGAGCAGAGCCUACUGGUGUCCACAGAUGAAGGGAAUGAAAACUCCAAGGCCAACCCGGAGGAGGUGGCCGCGGUGGUCCGCAUUGCCAAGCAGCUGACUCUGGGCAGGACGGUGGAGCCCAAGGACGUUGCCAUCCUCACUCCCUACAAUGCUCAGGCUGCGGAGAUCAGCAAGAGGCUGGUGCGAGAGGGCGUCUCCGGAGUGACCGUGUGCUCCAUCACCAAGAGCCAGGGAAGCGAGUGGCGCUAUGUGCUGGUGAGCACGGUCCGCACGUGCCAGGAGAGUGACCUGGACCAGCGGCCAACGAAGAGCUGGCUCAAGAGGUUCCUGGGCUUCGUCGUGGACCCCAACCAAGUGAACGUGGCCAUCACCCGGGCCAGAGAGGGGCUCUGCGUGGUCGGAGACCACCGCCUCCUGAGCUGCUGCCCCCUGUGGCGGCGGUUCGUGGACUUCUGUGAGGCGCAGCGCAGCCUGGUGCCCGCCGGCCAGGUGCGGGUUCGCAGGAGGCCCGCCGUGGCUCCCGGGAGCGGCCGCUCCACCUGCCCGGGCCUGGGGCUGCCCGGCGGCGAGGCCAAGCCCUGAGCCCUGCCCCGGCCUGGCUGGCCACCCACUGCGCAGAAGCCCGGGCCCUCCGCGGGCCCUCUGGCCGCCUACCUGGCGGCUUGUGAGCAAUAGCAACCCCCUUCUGGAGUCUUGGCCUCCCCCGGGCAGGGAGCCCGCCAGGCCGCGCAGCCGGCAGGUGCGGACAAGGGGGAAGAACGCGGCCUCCUGGGGAGCUGCUUCCCUUGGGACAUUUGGAGACAGGGAACGUCUCGGGGGCCAGGGAGGGGGCCUCUGGGCCUUCUGGUGUUGCCCGGAAGGAGGUCCCAGCCGGGCUGCUCUUCGGUCCUUGGAUGCCAUCCCUGACCCCACUGGGUGCUGCUGGCUGGGGAGCUCAGUCUACUUUCUUCUUUCUUUUACUUUUUUUUUUUUUUCAAGUAGGCUCCAUGCCCAACGUGGGGCUUGAACUCCUGGCCCUAAGAUUAGGAGUUGCAUGUUGUACCGACGGAGCCAGCCAGGCCCCCCUGUUUUUAAUUUUUAAAUAAGCCAAAAGCCAGUGGCUUUUUUUUACUGGAGCAAGUUCCUUCGCCCAAACAGGCAGAGAGGCCCCCCCGGAAGAGAGGGCCUGUUCUGUGUCUGCACCACCCUAAGUGGGACCCCAGCCCUGUGUCCUUCGGGAGCCACCUGCCCUUGCAGGAGGAAGGGGGGACCAGAACCAGGUGCCCACACCUGGACCGUGGGUGUGCGGGGUGGCCUGGGAUUGGGGUGCCCCUGGAUGGGCAGCCUUCUUGUGCCUUCAGCCUGACCUCUGCCUCCCCUUUGCAACCUCAAGCCUGCUGCCAGGUCAGGACUUUUGGGACAACCUGUCCUGUGUUUGCAAGGUUGAGGACCUUCAGUGUCACUCAGGGUGCAUUCAUGUCCUUCCUGCUCUGGAAACUUCUGCCUUGAUAUCCGCCCUCACCUCAGGCCACCCCAGCCCACCCCCAGGCAGCUCGGGCCCAGAGUCUCUGCACUUCCACCGUCCCCACGGCCUGAGGGAUGCUGCCAACAAGCUGCUUAUACUAGGAGGGGCCUGCCCUCCCCGUGGCCUUGCUGCAGAGCCCUCUGCCAGCGGUGGGGCAGG